UAGGGAGGCUGUGGUCUUAACUGUGAGGGCCAGGGGGCAAAAUGCCAUCAUCUAAACAACUAGCUGACUUUGGCUACAAGGCCUUCUCUGCCUCCAUCAUGCUGCUCAUCGUGUAUGGCGGCUUCCUGUGUAGUGCCCAGGCCUAUCGCUACUUUCAACAUCGUGGUGUCCUCCAUCAGGCAGGGGAAGAACAAAAGGCUCCAAACAUUCUACGGGACUGA